AUGUACGUGAAAUACUACAGAAUAAACAGUCCUAGGAAUAAUAAGGAACAGGAAAACGGUUGUGGUGACACUCAUGGAGCCAUCCUCCUCCACACGAUGGAUGGUACUCUUGUCUUGAUAGAAUAUAUGAGCCAACUCCGGCGAGCUAUAAACUGGUUGCUGAGAUCGCACUGCUGCUGCCAUUUUCGGAUAAAUAAUCAUAACUUCAAGCAAUCAUCAGCCUACAGAGAAACAGACAUGAGAAAUAAGCUCAAUAACUAUCUGCGUGUUAUGAAAAAGGAUGAAUUUAGGAUGUUAGGGAGAGCCAACUUCUGCAUACGCAUCUGCAGACGGCGAUGUGCUUAG